AUGACGCCAUUCACGCAUAGCUCUUGGAAUAAUCUGGACGUCACGUCUCUCCAUCGCCGUAAACAAAUGCUGAAAAUCAUUAAAGAAAGAAUCUUUGAACCGAUUACUGAAGGAAAUGCCCCUCAAUCUUCGCAAAUUUCGGAUUUUGGGGUCCUUGAGCAAUAUCUUGGAUAUCGGGUUGGAGAUCCUUCUAGUAUCAACAGAAGUCCAAUGUUUAAUCCGACUGCAAAUGGCCAAACAGUUGGCCGUGAUCUCCUGUCUAGCCCAUUUGAUAAGGCAUUUGGUCUAACCAACACAAGUCUUUCGGGGGGUCGUGGGGGGAUUCAAGCAACAGAAUUGCAAAAGGGUUCACAGCUGAAUUUAGGUUCUUCUUCUAGUGCUCGACAUGAAAACUGGGGAGAGUCAAACCAUGCAGAGUCCAGCUCACGCACUGAUACCUCGACUGAUAUGGACCCAGAUGACAGAAAUAAGCGUGUGGAUCAAUCUGGUGCUGCUGCUGUUUCAGAUUCAAGUGAUAAAUCAAAAGACAAAACUCUAGAUCAAAAGACACUACGCAGGCUAGCCCAAAACAGGGAAGCUGCAAGGAAAAGCAGACUGAGGAAAAAAGCGUAUGUACAGCAGCUUGAAAAUAGCCGACUGAAGCUAACUCAACUCGAGCAAGAAUUGCAACGAGCACGCCAGCAGGGGAUUUUCAUUUCGAACAUUGGAGAUCAAUCUGUUGCUGGGACUGCAAAUGGUACACUGGCUUUUGACGCGGAGUACGCACGGUGGAUGGAAGAUCAAAACAGACUGAUCAGCGAGCUGAGGACAGCUGUCAACGCGCAUGCGGGUGACGUUGAACUCCGUACUAUAGUGGACAACGUGACUGCACAUAUCAACGAUGUUUACAGGAUGAAAGGGAAUGCGGCAAAAGCCGACGUAUUUCACAUAUUGUCCGGAAUGUGGAAGACACCGGCCGAGAGGUGUUUUAUGUGGAUAGGUGGUUUUCGCCCCUCUGAACUUCUCAAGGUUCUUGCCAAUCAUUUGGAGCCCCUCACUGAACAACAGCUGAAUGGGAUCGAGAAUCUGCGAGAGUCAUCUCAUCAAGCGGAGGAUGCACUUUCCCAAGGUAUGGAUGCAUUACAGCAGUCGUUAGCUGAGACUUUAGCAAAUGCUCCAUCGGGCGCUGAGGGCCCGUCUGGAAAUGUCGCUAAUUAUAUGGGCCAGAUGGCCAUGGCCAUGGGGAAGCUGGGGACUCUUGAAAAUUUUCUGAGACAGGCUGACAACUUGCGGGAACAAACACUACAACAAUUGAACCGUAUAUUGACCACUCGGCAGUCGGCUCGUGCUCUCCUCUUGAAGCAUGACUACUUUGCAAGACUGCGAGCCCUUAGUUCCCUUUGGCUUGCCAGGCCUCGAGAAUAG